AUGAUCAAUCUUAUAGAACAAUAAGUUGAUAAAGAACCAAUUCUUCAACAGGUAUCUAAAAUGAAGGAUUUUCUCCUUAAUCAUUUGAAUUAGAAAAUAGUAUUUCUUACAUCAGGGGGAACCUCAGUUCCUUUAGAAUAGAAUACUGUUAGAUCUAUUGAAAACUUCUCAUCUGGAUUAAGAGGAGCUGCAUCUGCUGAAUAUUUCUUAAAGGAAGGUUACGUUGUCAUCUACUAUUACAGAGAUAAGUGUUUAAGACCAUUUGCUAGACAUUUAAAUGUUUAAAAGCUAAUUAAUGCUGAUCAGUAUUUAUACAAAUAUUAAAUCUUUAAGAUAAGAAUUAGAAAAGCUUAAUAAACUAUAACAAAUUGAUAAAACUAAACUCUAUGAAAUAUCUUAUGUUUCUGUAAUGGAAUACUUGUAUUUUGUUAUUAAAGCAAUGGAGAUAUUUAAAGAAUUAAAAUUGAAUUUACUAGUAUAUUUAGCUAGUGCAGUCAGUGAUUAUUACAUUCCAAAAGAUAUGAUGGCAUAACAUAAAAUAUAAGCUUAAGAUAAAUUAGAAUUAGAAUUAAUGCCAGUUCCAAAGAUUUUAGGGUUAAUUCGAGAAAUAUAUAAGGAGGCUAAAAUAAUUUCCUUUAAAUUAGAGACUGAUGAUGAUAUUCUCUAUAAGAAAAUUUCAGAGUCUAUGAAAAAAUAUAAUUUAGAAUAUGUAUAUAUUAUUAUUAAGUUUAUAGUGCAUAGGAAAUUUAUUACAAAAUAGAAGAGAUCAAAUUGUUAUAUAUUAUAAAGGGGAGUUUAUUAAAAUAUAAAGGAAUAAGGAUGAAAUAGAGGAACAAAUUAUUGAAUAUAUUACAUAAAACAUUAAAUGA